GGGGAAAAGAGCUGCUUGCUUGUUUGUCUCGCGAGAUCUGACGAGAGUGACCGAAGCAGGAGGAAGAAGAACAAAAUGGCGGCGGACGGAGAAGACGUUAUUGUGCUUAUUAUAUCUCUGUGUUCUUAAUCGCAGAAUACGAGGGGGGACUUUGUCCGACUAAAGAGGAGAAGGAGCGACAAAGUCAACUACUGGAAGCUGUUUGCAAGAACACAGAACAGUCGCCUGCGAGGAACAUCUUCUGGGGUGGAGCUUCAGGAUGGAGGAGGAGGAGCCACACACCUCCCGCUUCAAAGAGGAAGAGGAGGAGCACAGCAUCAGUCUUGAAUGGUUGGAGGAGUUCCCAGUGACUGUGAAGAGUGAAGAUGAGGAGGUCAAAGGUGAGAGAGAGGCGGAGCCUCCAACAGAAGGUGAGAGAGCACCACCAGCGGACAGGAUGUUAGCGCCACCACCACACGGUGAGGACACGACGUCACACACUGAUGAUGAAGACUCUAAAGAUGACAACGCACACCUGACAUGUUCUCACUGUGACAAAACCUUUAAACACCGUUGUAGUCUGAAAACACACAUGAGAACGCACACCGGAGAAAAACCCUUUCACUGCACCGAAUGCGGUAAAGGAUUUGCCCGGAAGAACGUGCUGAAAGUACACAUGAGAACGCACACUGGAGAGAAACCUUUCUCCUGUUCGGUGUGCGGCAAAGGCUUCAUACAAAGUGGGGACUUGAAAAUACACAUGAGAACGCACACCGCGGAGAAACCGUUCAUGUGCUCAGUUUGUAGUAAAAUAUUCUCCGUAAAAGGGAAUCUGGUAAUGCACUCAAGAACGCACACCGGUGAGAUACCUUUUAUCUGUUCAGAAUGUGGUAAAGGUUUCACACAAAGUCACAAUUUGAAAGCACACAUGAGGAUUCACACCGGAGCCAAACCGUUCUCAUGUAUAGUCUGCGGUAAAGGUUUCACACGGGGCUGCAAUUUAAAAACCCACAUGCGGGUGCACACCGGGGAGAAACCCUUUUCCUGCUCCGUGUGCAGCAAAGGGUUCACACAAAGUGGCGAGUUGAAAAUACACAUGAUGAUGCACACUGGGGAAAAACCAUUCAUGUGCUCAGUUUGCCGCAAACGAUUCACCCAGAAGGCGUACCUGCAAAUACACGCGAGAAUACACACGGGUGAAAAACCUCAUAUCUGCUCCGUCUGCGGCAAGGGUUUCACACGGAGUCACCAUUUGAAGGUGCACAUGAAAACACACAGGGGAGAGAAAGUGUAGAGCUGCGGGGGAAGAAACACUAGUGGGCUGCUGAGAAAGUGUAGAGCUGCGGGGGAAGAAACACUAGUGGGCUGCUGAGAAAGUGUAGAGCUGCGGGGGAAGAAACACUAGUGGGCUGCUGAGAAAGUGUAGAGCUGUGGUGGAAGAUUGUCUUCUGAGUUCCGGUGGAAGAAACACUAGUGGGCUGCUGAGAAAGUGUAGAGCUGCGGGUGGAAGAUUGUCUUCUGAGUUCCGGUGGAAGAAACACUAGUGGGCUGCUGAGAAAGUGUAGAGCUGUGGUGGAAGAUUGUCUUCUGAGUUCCGGUGGAAGAAACACUAGUGGGCUGCUGAGAAAGUGUAGAGCUGUGGUGGAAGAUUGUCUUCUGAGUUCCGGUGGAAGAAACACUAGUGGGCUGCUGAGAAAGUGUAGAGCUGCGGGUGGAAGAUUGUCUUCUGAGUUCCGGUGGAAGAAACACUAGUGGGCUGCUGAGAAAGUGUAGAGCUGCGGUGGAAGAUUGUCUUCUGAGUUCCGGUGGAAGAAACACUAGUGGGCUGCUGAGAAAGUGUAGAGCUGCGGGUGGAAGAUUGUCUUCUGAGUUCCGGUGGAAGAGACACUAGUGGGCUGCUGAGAAAGUGUAGAGCUGCGGGUGGAAGAUUGUCUUCUGAGUUCCGGUGGAAGAAACACUAGUGGGCUGCUGAGAAAGUGUAGAGCUGCGGUGGAAGAUUGUCUUCUGAGUUCCGGUGGAAGAAACACUAGUGGGCUGCUGAGAAAGUGUAGAGCUGCGGGUGGAAGAUUGUCUUCUGAGUUCCGGUGGAAGAAACACUAGUGGGCUGCUGAGAAAGUGUAGAGCUGCGGGUGGAAGAUUGUCUUCUGAGUUCCGGUGGAAGAGACACUAGUGGGCUGCUGAGAAAGUGUAGAGCUGCGGUGGAAGAUUGUCUUCUGAGUUCCGGUGGAAGAAACACUAGUGGGCUGCUGAGAAAGUGUAGAGCUGCGGGUGGAAGAUUGUCUUCUGAGUUCCGGUGGAAGAGACACUAGUGGGCUGCUGAGAAAGUGUAGAGCUGCGGUGGAAGAUUGUCUUCUGAGUUCCGGUGGAAGAAACACUAGUGGGCUGCUGAGAAAGUGUAGAGCUGUGGUGGAAGAUCUGAGUUCCAGUGGAAGAAACACUAGUGUGCUGCUGAGGACAAGCAGCAGCAAACUUUCACUUUCUAACGACAUCAGCACAUGUGUGACAUCAUUGUUGUGUGUGUGUAACACAAUCUUAUAACAAUAAUAAUAAUAAUUAAAGCUGCAAGCAGCGUUGGUCGGGUCCGCAUUUUGGCAGGUGCUAGUCCUAGGUGUCCCAAUACUUUAGUCCAGUGGUAGUCCUGAGUGAGACCUACAUAGAGGUUUUUGUUGCAUGUCUCUACGAUAUUCGUACUGGGAGUUAGAGGAAGUUGUGUCUGUGUUUUUUUCCUAGGUGCUGCGGCACAGUGGUUCUUUUCUUUGAAGGCUCGUAAAAUCAAAACCGUAGCACUUAUUCAAACGCUUUCGCCAACUUUUAAUCAGAAGGGUUCAAUCUCUCUCCUGUAGUAGUUUGAAGCCAAAACAACAAACGCGCUCCGAGGAGAUAACGUUUGAUGUUUGGUGACCGCUUUUUAAAAAAAAAUUUGUUUUGAAGUGGGGAUAUCAAACUUCCUGUUGAUUUUUGCUGAAGGAUGUCAAUCUAUGAAAUGUAGGUCUAAGUGAGACCUACGUAGAGGUUUUUGUUUCAUGUCUCUAAAACGUUCCUACCGGAAGUUACAAGCAGUUUUGUCUGUUUUCCUCUGAGAAGCAGUUUUUUCUCUGUUGUAUUCAAAAAUUGCGCUAGAGCACAAUUUUGAGUUUCGGGGUUCGGUUAUUUUUUGAGAUCGCAAUUUCUACCAGUCCCGAUGUGUGUGAGAAGUUUGGUGAGUUUUGAAGUAUUUUAAAGGGGUCAAAUUACAGCUCAAAGAGGCAAAAACGAGUUUUUUAGUACAAAUUUGUCUUGAAGGGGAAAUUGCCAACUUCCUGUUGGUUUUUGCCCGAGGAUGUAAAAUUAUGAAAUGUAGGUCUAAGUGGGAGUUACAGGCAGUUUGUUUUUAUUUUUUCCUAGGGGGCGCUAGAGCGCAAUUUUGAUUUUUGGGGGUUGGUUUUGUUAUUAACUUGCAAUUUUCGCAGGUCCUGAUUUGUGUGUCAAAUUUGGUGAGUUUUGGAGCAUGUUAAGUGGGUCAAAUUGCUGCUCGAAGAGGCGGCCGGUAUAAUAGAAAUAAUAAUAAACAUUACAAAUUCAAUAGGUUCCUUUGUAACCAGUACAAAGGACUCCCUGGAGGAGUCCUUUGUACUGGGUACAGGGCGGACCCUAAGUACUGGGUACAGGGCGGACCCUAAGUACUGGGUACAGGGCGGACCCUAAGUACUGGGUACAGGGCGGACCCUAAUAAUAAUACCUGGGAUUUAUACAGCGCUUUUCUAAGUACCCAAAGUCGCUUUACAUGUUAAAAACCCAUCAUUCAUUGACACCUGGUGGUGGUAAGCUACUUUGGCAGCCACAGCUGCCCUGGGUUGGACUGACAAUCUUGCUGUUACACUUCUAACAUGUAUAAAGUAUAUACUUUCAGGUUAGUGCUUUUAUUUCAUUCUUGUACAACAUUUCUGUACUUUUAUUUAAACUCAUUUGACUGAAAAUGUUACAGUAAGCACUACAAUAAAUAUGUUGCGUACAAUAAACAUACAGUAUGUGUGUACAAAUAUACAUAGUUCACUUUUAUACGUAUUCCUAGUCUAUGUAGUUUUUGUUAAACAAUGAGUUGUUAAUACAUAUUUUCAUUUCUAACUGUAAAUGAUUCCUUUACAUGAUGUACAUAUUUGUUUUACAUGUGUUCACAUCUUUGCUUUUGAGUACGUAUAAAUCCCUCUUAGUUGAUAUUUACUGCUUCACAUGUGAAACAUCUUCUGGAAGCAUGUUAUUAUUAUUUACUUGAUACAUCAUUUGAGUGUUUUAUACAAGAUCAUUUACUUUUAAAAUGUGUGACUUUGUUCUAUUAAUGAUCUUUAUUACUCUCUUUUGUAUUAUGAAUAUUGUUUUGUGAUUGUUUAACAUGUAUGUCCCCACUCCUUUAUGCAAUAAACAAUGUAUGCUCCAACUAAAGUUGGGUACAAUAAAUGUAGUUAA